AUGCUGGAGAGUGUGUUGGCAGUCGUCAAGAGUCGCUAUCCGCAGUCUUUGAAACACGAUGUGAGAGGCACUUCAUGGGAGUUUCAGUCGAAAGAAUAUUUCAUCGAACUGGAAGAUGUUGAUAUUACCGUUAACGAUCAAUGGGUUGAGUACAUGGAUAUUAUAGCCGCCUCGACGAACACCGAGCACGAUGAAGUGUCACCAUCGUUGUUGCAAAUGGCGAGGAAUGGUCAUCUCGAAAUCAACGUGGUGACGGAGUAUCUGGGUCUGCUACAAGAUUUGUUGCCUUCUUGCCCAAUCCAUCAGCCCAUUAUUGCCGGCUCAAGGGCGGACGCGGUCGUUAUUGAUCAAGAAACCACGAUGACGCUGCUACCAAUUCAACAUGAGGAUUCUUGGCUCGCAGCAGUUGCAUAUCCCGAUAUCAUACAUAUCUACGGUUUGGACAAGGAAGGUCCUGUCGAACCAAAAGUGCGGGAGUGGUUUUCGAGCUUGUUCCCAAACCGCCAGGUACACUGGUGUUGCCUCGCCAGACCUUCAACCCGGGAGGAUUCCGGGCUUCUGAUGCUCCUGACUAUUCGGAUGCUCAUGGCUGGUAGAGCGCCUGCACGCCGGAACGAUACUGGCUUCGUACGUAAACUGAGAGCCAAGUUCUUUGUUGAGCUUCUGGCGCGGGACCUGAACGCUGGCGACGAGGAGGUAGACCGACGGCUGCAAGCUGCCCUUGAAGACACCUCCUACUACUUUAAUGAGGCCUUUGUUCCCGACAAUUCUCCUCCGUAUAUUUCGGAGUUGGUCCCUACUACACAAGGAGGGACUAUGGCCAAUACGCCACCAACACCUGUCAGGUCAAUAGACGACCAGCCUAUUCUGUCUGAUUCUCGCCUUGCUUCCCAUGAGUUAUCCAUGGGCUCAAACAGCUAUUCAGAGAGACCAGCUUCACAGAUUGUCCCACCCAGACAUAGAGCCAAUGCCCAGAACCGUUCAGAGAAGACAAUUGCCGGAAGCCAUCCCAAAGCAUCUCAAAUUAUGCCACCUAGCAUGCCUCAAGAAUGUAAAACUAUUCUUAAGCUUCUGAGCGAGGCGGUUGCAUUCCACCGAAGCUCUCGCCUUACGAUCAACUCCGAUUUCGCGAGCAUAUGGUCGUCCAUCAAAAUUGGCUCUAAAAGCGAGUUUUAUCGCCGGUAUAACGCAGUGCUUUUCUAUGAAAAAAUGCUGGAAAUACGCAACGAUCAGGAAAUUGCGAAACUUUUGAAAUCUUCUCCCAACGCAGGCGACCUAAAGGAAAUAAGAUCGUCACAGGCCCGCUCCAAGGUCUGGUACGAUAUUUGCCAACUGCGCGAGAACUGGGGUCAGAGUAAGUACACGCUUCUUUGUGUUGUUCCCGAAAAGUCAUGUCUUGAAGGAGCAAGCAGCCAGCAAAAACAGGAACACCUUCACCGCCUCCAGUCGCGACUAGAAGACAACAACGACCCUUUUCUAGGCUACAUCGAAAGAGCCCAGGAGAUUUGCUGCUCCUUAAUUGAAUGUCGUUUGCCUCAACACUGGUUGAUGAUCGACAAUUAUCAUCUUAAGGUGGGCUGGGAUAUGUUGAAGCCAGAAUUUGAAGCAUAUACCAGCCUAGACUCUAAUCCAAAGCUCGAGAUGCAACGGACAGCAGGCUAG